GAUCGGUUUAUUCCACCUCUUUCCAAGGGCUAUAAUAGCAUUUCUUUGUGCCAUUUUCUUCAGAUUAUAUGGAUAUACUGCACCAGCACCACCAGGCCUCAACCAUGUCUUCUUCAACUUCAUCACAUGCACUUGAAGUCCUUGGAUGCAGUUUUGUCAUUGUGGAAAAAGGGCACCAGUGAAAACAUCAUGGACUGGUGAAAACAUAGGGAGGAGGUUUUGGGCGUGUGAAAAAUAUGGGGUUGAUGAUACUUGUGGAUACUUUGUUUGGCUUGACCCUCCUACAUGUGCACGUGGUAGAGAAUUGCUGCCUUUGCUUAGAGAGAAGAUAGAUAGUUUAGGGAAGGAGGUGGCAGCACCCCAUGCAAAGGAGAAAAAUUAUCGUAUUAAUACGAAAGACGGGAUGAUACUGUGUUUUUGUACUUUUGCUGCUAUUGGGUUGGUGUUUAUGAUCGCAUUACUAAUGAUAGGAUGAUAUUUAUGUACUCUUAACAACUAGAUUUACUUUCUUUUUCUUUUCUUUUCUUUUUUAAAUAAGUCUAGUGAAAUAAAAAUAUGUCACUCUUUCACAACUAGACAAUGUCCCGUGCCAUGGGCAAAUACAUUAUAAUUUCAUUUGAAAAUUAUUUUUAUGUGUU